AUGAUCUUUCUAUUCGUGGCAUGCCGCCCACUACUCAAGCUAUACAUUGGUCACGAGGUGGAAGCCAAUCCUUACCUGCUAGAUUCGGCAGUUGACUACGUAACAAUCCGAGCAUUGUCCAUGCCAACGUCGCUCCUACUGGGUGUCCUGCAGGCUGCACUUUUGGGAGCCAAAGAUUCUGUCACUCCGCUCAUUGCCAUUGUCUACUCCACAGCAAUCAACUUGGUCGGAGAUUUUGUACUUGUCAACCGAUUGAAAAUGGGAUUGCAAGGUGCGGCGAUUGCUACCCUUGUGGCUCAGUUGGCGGCCACAGCGGCUCUCGUGGGACCGGCAAGAAAACGACUAGUGCGGGAUCACAAUCUCGGCAUCAUGAAACGAGCCGAAAGUGUUGUCUCGGGCAAAUCUUUCCUGGCAUUUGCCGCACCAGUCCUCACUCUGAUCCUGGGAAAGUUGGCGGCAUUUGGAUUCAUGACGAAUGCCGCCGCAGGAGUGCCAGGCCAGCCAAUACCAUUGGCUACCCAUCAAAUCAUCCUGUCACUCUUCUUUUUUGUCAGCCCCUUUCUGGAAGUCAUUAGCCAAACAGCCCAAACAUUUCUUCCACCCUAUUUUGCACCUGUGAAGGACUACGUUUUGUCCAUGCAAAAGCGAGAUCCCGAUUACGACGUUACAAAAGACAGCAAGGUAAAGCCAUGGUUGGACAAGUCCAUGGGUGUUUCCACGAAAUUGGUACGCUUGGGGCUAUUGGUUGCCACUGUGGUCUCUUCCAUUGCAUCGCUGGUACCGGCGUACUUUGGAAACCUCAUUUCAUCGGAUUCGACUGUACAAGUUGCUGUGAAACCAUUGGCCAAGUACUUGCUGGCGGGUUGCUUUCUAGCAGCGCCAGUGGCUGUGGCGGAAGGUAUUCUGCUAGCCAAGCGAGAGUUGAAGUUCUUGGCAUCCGUGUAUCUGGUCAGCACAGCACUAUUACCCACGGCUUUGGUGUGGGUGAAAAAGAUUGGCGGCAAUGUCGAGCAGGUGUGGGGUUGCUUUGCAGCAUUCCAACUGUUCCGCGCCAUUUGUUUUGUGGGGCGACUCUACGGGGGAUCUUUGCUGGCCAAACUCAUGGCAUUGUUCCAAAAGAAGGAGAUUCCUCCACCCAAGGCGGUACAACCUAUCCGUAAAGCUAGCUAG